UGUCUGAAAGUGAAGUGUGCUAACAUAUGACUGAUACAUCAUAUGGUGAAAUUCUCAAGAAGUCGGCAACAAUAUCUAUAUAUAACUUUUAUUUGACGGCUGAAGGUCAGGCUAAACUAAGAGAAGCUAAUCCGGGAAAUUCCCUUCUUGAGUUCCGAGGAAAUGCAGGAAGCCAUGAUCUUCCUUUGUCUGUUGAAACCUUAACAGCUCUGUCCAAAUUGACAAGAGAAGGUAUGAAGAUAAAGCCACCUCGAUAUGACAAAUCUGCAUUCAACGGAAGAGGCGACCGUGCUGAUCCUUCAACUUGGCCAGAGGUCGAAGGACCCCUUACGGUUGUGUUAUUUGAGAGUUGGAUGCUCGGCUUCAAGCCUCUUCCUAAGGAAGUUGUGAAGGCUGUUGAUCUUCAGGUCAGAACUAGAAGUUCAUAUUUAGUUUUCCAUGGGGAGGAAAGCUCACAAGUGAAUCUAUAAAGUUCUUUUCACCAAUUGUCAUUUGGACAAAGUUCAAUUCAAGCCCAGAAAAUCAUGAAAUUCUAUAUUCUGCAUUCAAGGAUUAUUACAAGGAAUGGUUGGAGUUGGUAAGCAAAUCCUUUAAAGAGACUGACGAAUCCUAGAUUUCCCGGAAUCUCGAAGCUCAACAUAGAUAUCUGGUGCGGAGAGCAGAAAAGGAUCCUGGACAGAGUGUUUUGAAGAAACUGAUUGGGGAAACACUUGCAAAGGUAGAUGAUAAACCACUAUUUUAUGGUUUAUAUUGUGUAUAAUUAUGUGGUUUUAUCAUGAUCCUUACCCACUUAUUCAUUAAUUUAGCAUGCAUUUAUAUUUCCUUCCUGGAAUUAUUACAUGGUUGAAAACUACUUCCUAGAGACUUUUUAUUACGCAUUUUAGUUCUCCUUUAUCCCAUUCGAUGCCGUGAUCUGUGUGUUGAGUGUUUCAGGCUUUAUAGGGCAUGGAUGAGUUGGAGAUUGGAAGGGAAGCUAGCAAAAAUGGAAGGAACACAAGAAAUUGAGGAGACAACCAGCGAGAAGUGACGCGGCCGCAUGGCUCACGCGUUCGCGCGGAAGAGGAGAAAUCGCAGUGACGCGGCCGCAUGGCUCACGUGACCGUGCGGAAAGGAAAAGCACAAGUGACGCGGAGGCGUGGACGACGCGAACGCGUGGCACGGAAAAACGCGAAUGACGCGUCCGCGUGGACGACGCGAUCGCGUGACAUGCGCGAUCUGCAUAAUCUGCAAAUUUCGCUGGGGGAAAUUCUGGGCCCUGUUUUGACCCAGUUCUCAGCCCAGAAUAGCAGACUAGAGCCAGAGAACAUGCAGAAACGAGGACAACAUUCAUUCUACAUAGUUUUGAGUUUUUAGAUCUAUUUUUACUCCUCUUCUAGGUUUUCUCUCUACACAAUUGGUACUCUUAAGAUAUUAUUUUUCUACUGCUUUUGCAUUGGGAUAUUGAGAAGAGUCAUUACCUCAUCAAGACUUCGUCAUUCUAGUUCGUUUUCUUUACUUGGCUUUACUCUUCCAUGUCCUUUGCCU